AUGCUUGCGUGUUUCUCUCUAGUAUUUUCCCUGUCUGUUGCACUGAGCUGUGGAGAGGAGUUGCUAACACCUCUGGGUGAGACUGCUAGUGACCUUGACUGGCCAAAAGACAAGAAAAAACUGGGGAAACCUGAUGUGCGACUUCCUAUCUGUACAACCCCCAAGAGCAGCUACCACUGUGAAGACCUUCACUUUGAUUAUGGCAUCCAAUGUGUCGGUAACCAGAUUUUCCUUACUCCCUGCUACUGCUUGUCGAGUGACUCACGUCUUGGCCACUGUCAGUUCACGUGUUUCCGGAACACCUUUCUGGUUACUUCUGACAAUGCCUCGUUGCUUCGUGAACAAUGCUCCCCCUUCAACCGUGCAGGGAUGUUUUGUGGAGAAUGCAGCAAUAACACGGGCUACCCAGUUUAUUCCUUUUCUCUCAAGUGUAUCGAGUGUGACACAAGCUGGAAAAGCAUAGUAAAGUAUGUGGCGGUAGCCUACGUUCCACUGGCUCUGUUUGUGUGUGUUCUUGUUGCCUUUAGGAUCUCUGUCAACACAGUUCCUCUGUUGGGGUUCAUACUUGUCGCACAGACAGCCAACUUCCCUUUUCAGAUGAGACUAGCAGUUGGCAUGAUAGAGGCUGAACACAUACCAAAAUACCAGAGAAUGGGUUUACGUAUCCUGGGCUCUGUCUACGGGAUAUGGAACUUGGACUUUUUCCGAAGUGUUUACCAGCCCUUUUGCUUUAGUUCUAACUGGACCACAAUUGAGACCAUGUGCCUGGACUACAUCAUAGCCGCCUACCCGUUUAUCUUUAUUCUUUUAAUAUACACCGCCGUUGAAUUUUACUCGAGAGGGUACAGAUUGUUUUGCUGGUGGAAGCCCUUCCAUUGGUGCUUGUCUCGGCUAAAGAAUGGAAUGAACAUCAAGAUACCGUUAGUUGAUGCCUUUGGGACAUUUUUCAGUUUGUCUUAUGCCAAAACUCUCAGCACUUCAUUCGACAUUCUGUCUAUUACCGCAGUUUGGGACAAAGGGGGGAUAAAAGGCUAUGUCCCAUAUUAUGCAGCCACUGAUAAGUUUGAUGCAAAAUUCGUGAUACUCGGUCUGACAAUGUUUGUAGUGUUCAACGUUCUUCCAAUAGUUGUUCUUCUUGCAUACUCCUUGAAAAAAGCACUGGUUCGAGCAGAUGUGGAAGAUGUGAAUGGGUUCUUUCGGCCACUGCUAAAUACACUACUUGCUCCGUACAAGGACGGCAGAGAUGGAACUUGCAACUGUCGCUACUUCUCCGCGGUUUACCCGACAGUGAGAAUCAUCCUGGUCGUGGUCCUUUUGAUUUCGCCAAACAUAUUCUUCCAGCUUCUUGCAGCGAUCGUGUUCCUAAUUGUAGGGAUGUUGGUAGCCAUCAUCAAACCCUAUAAGUCAGACCUCUACAAUACUGUCGACACUGUCCUGGUGCUGUCACUAUCCGUCGCCUACAUGAGCAUACUGAGUUACUUCUAUGCACACUUUAUCUCCCCAGCAUCAAUCAAUACAGCAGUGGUCUUUGCGGUAAUUGCAUGCAACAUCCCCCUCCUGUACUCUGCGGCACUGAUCACCUACUACGCUGUUUUUGUGAAGCAAUUUCCACAGAGACUGCUCUAUAAGUUAUCGAAAGUGCUGUCUGAGAUGAAGACCUUUCUGUGUCUUUGGCUGCAGACUCGUAGGAGAAGGAGCCCGCAACACGAGAGGCCAUCAAACAUUAGGCCCCGAGGGACGAUGUAUGUGGCCAUUGAAUCCGGCACUGUUAGAGUCAGCAAUGUUGAUCUCUCUGUCGUUAAAUAG